AUGGCAUAUCAUUUUAUAGCAUUGGCAAUUUUUUUGCCAAUGAUUUUGGGUUCAACUGCUAACAGAAAUGUUACUACUGAAUCUCUGGUUCGCGCCGCGAAUUACCCAAUCGAAACACAUACAGUCACAACAAGCGAUGGAUAUAUUCUUACAUUACAUCGUAUUCCACACUCUAGUCGCCUAUCCCAAUCGGAACCAGGUAAAGUUGUCUUAAUCCAGCAUGGUCUAUUGUGUUCGUCCAGUGAUUUUGUUGUGCUUGGAAAGGAAAAAGGAUUGGCUUACUUACUUUCUGAACUUGGCUUUGAUGUUUGGUUAGGCAAUGCUCGUGGAAACUACUAUUCUCGCAAACACAUCAGUUUAAAGCCAAGUUCUAGCAAAUUCUGGGACUUUUCAUGGCACGAAAUUGCUAUAAUUGAUAUGCCAACUAUGAUUGACUACAUAAGAUCGGUAACCGGAGUGCAGAAGAUCACCUACAUUGGUCAUUCUCAAGGAACUACAGGCUUCUUCAUAUUAAACUCUCUUAAACCUGAGUACAAUGAUGUCUUCGAAUCAGCUCACAUGCUAUCGCCUGUCGCUUACAUGAGUCACAUAACUGCUCCAUUGCUCACAAUUCCAGCCGCAUUGUUGGGAAAUUCAUUAGUUAGUUUACCUUUGGACCUUUUGGGAAAUGCUGAAUUCAAUCCUAGCAAGUCACUUAUGGAUAUCGUUGCUUCAGUGUUGUGUAAUAAGGAACGUCCUAAUUAUGAACUGUGCUCAAAUCCUCUCUUCCUUGCCGCUGGAUUUGAUGAAGAUACUGUUGACCCUGCAAUUUUAGAACUUGUUAAACAAUCAACACCUUCUGGGGCAUCAACCGGACAGUUCAAGCAUUACAUGCAAUUAUAUAAUUCUGCAAAAUUUUGCCAGUUUGAUCAUGGACCAAUUAAGAAUUUGGCCAAAUAUCGUUCAUUAACUCCUCCUGAUUAUCCAAUAGAAAAAGUUCGAGCUCCAAUGUACAUGUACUACAGUGAUAAUGAUAUUUUAGCUGCUAUUGAAGAUGUUGAAAAACUUAUAUCAAAACUUUCAACAGUUCGACAAGCUUAUAGAAUUCCAGUGAAAACAUUUGAUCAUUUAGGUCAGAUUUUAAUUUUCGACUGUGGAGAUAUCGAUAACGUUAUAAGAACAGAAACACUUGUUAAAAGAUACAAUUAUCCAUAUGAAGAACACACUGUUCAAACCGAAGAUGGAUACAUUUUAAAAAUCCAUCGAAUUCCCAACUCUAAUUCUGGCCAAGUAGCUUUUUUAAUGCACGGUCUUCAAGCCUCAUCCAGUGAUUGGUGCAUAUCAGAUCCACAAAACUCAUUAGCUUAUAUUCUUGCUGAUGCUGGAUUUGAUGUCUGGAUGGGCAAUUCACGUGGAAACACUUACUCACGUCAUCAUAUCAAAUACAAUCCAAAUGGUUUGUUUAAGGAAAAGUUUUGGAAUUUCUCUUGGCAUGAAAUUGGUACGUUUGAUGUACCAGCUAUGAUUGAUUAUGUUCGAAGCAAAACAGGUGUAGAACAAGUUACUUAUUUUGGACAUUCUCAAGGAACGACUGCAUUUUUCGUGAUGUCUUCUAAGAGGCCAGAAUACAAUAAGAUGAUUGAAGCAGCUCACUUACUAGCGCCAGUUGUCUUCCUUGGUAAUGCAACGAAUAGAUUUCUGAGAUUCCUUGGACCUAUUCUAGGAAACUUAGAGCUUCUACAAAGUGUUUUGGGUUCAAAUGAACUCAAGCCUGGAAAAAUAAUGAUGGCUGGUUUGUGUAAUUUAGUAUGCCCUAAAAAUGAUUUAAUUUUAUACCAAAAUUCCAUGUUUGUUAUUUCUGGUUUUACCAAUGAAACUGUCAAUAAAACUCUUAUUCCUGAUAUUAUGUGUACAACUCCUGCUGGAGCAUCGACAAAUCAACCUAUUCACUAUGCACAAAAUUAUGAUGCUAAAGGUCAUUUUCGAGAGUUUGAUCAUGGUCAAAGUGACAAUUUGAAAGCUUAUAAUAGUCCAAAUCCACCAGAUUAUCCCUUGGAAAAUAUCGAUGUGCCAAUGUUCUUCUAUUACAGUGCAAUUGAUAAUUUAUCUACGGAAAAAGAUGUUUUGUUUUUAAGUGAGAAAUGUCCGACAACGGUUGGAGUAACUAAGAUAGAAAGUAGAGGAUUUGAUCAUUUGGCGUUCAUGUAUACUGAUAAUCUUGGUAUAAAACUUCAUAAAAUUAUUAUGGCGAAUGUUGCAUCGAUGCAAUAAUUUUAAAUUAAAAUGUAAUACUUAAAGACUGCAUUGGUUAGGAUAUUA